AUGGACGCUGACGUCAGCGUAGAUGACAUGAGCGAUGACGCGAGCCGCGGGCCCUAUAGCGACUCUUACGCCAGCGAUCACGGCGACGAUCACGGCGGCGAUCACGGCGACCGUCGCGGCUGGAAACCCGGUACUGGCUGGCGCAGAGCAGCCGCGUGGAAGACUCUAGUUUCUGGAGCGCGGCGGUUGGUGACGGGCAGAAGGCGGAGACGCGACGAUGCCGGUAGCGAGGGCGACAAUAGCGAGUACUACUCAGACCGGACGUAUUCGGAUGAGGAAUUGUCGAUAGCGGAAGGCAGCGUGGCGCAGUCCGCUGUCUCUUACAGUCGAGCCUCCACCAGUGCAUGGUGGGCGCAGACGGACAACUACAGCAACCCCUACCGCCGCCGCUCCGCACACGCGCAGCACUACCCGCAGCAGGGGGAAGGCGGAGGGCGCGCGCAGGGGUACGGGCACGGAAGCAGCGCGGGCAAGGGGGGAAAACGAUCCGCGCUAGAUGACGUGUUAGUGGACCUAUCGAGCCAGCUGCAGGGGUCGCAGGGGGUGGGCGCGGAGGGGAGUGUGGCGGAGGGGGAGGGGGAAUGGGAGGAGGGCGCGGGGGAGAUGCCCGGGCCGUGGUUCUGGCCGUCGUGGUGCCCCUGCCCGCGCGUGCGCAACCCCAUCCUCGUUUACCGCCUAGCAGCCAUGGUGCGGGGCGGAGGGGGAAAGGGGAAGGGGGAAGGGACAGCGACGUAUUGGUUGUUUGGAGUGGGGCUGGGUGGGGUUUGGAGGGGGAAAAUGAGAAGGGAAGAUAUGCGGAUUGAAUGCCGGGGAGAGCUGCUAGUGGCAGUGAUCAUCUUCCUCCUCACCUUCUUCACAUGGCUCCUCACCAGCUCUUACUACAACAACUCCGUACAGGUGCCAUGGGAGGGGGUGUAUACGCUGACGAUGAACUACCGGAAGCAGCUGCUGAUGCGCCCGCAGGAGCGCGUGGGGAGCAUUGUGGAGGGCACGCGCAACGUGUCGCUGACGUACGCUGCCGUGCUGCAGGCGGGGCUGGAAGCGCAACGAGAGGGCGCAUGGCACGGUGCAUGA